CCCUCUCGCAGGCCGGCCCCGCUGCUGGCUCCGCCCGCCGUGAUGCGUUCGGGAGGCGUCUCCGCUGCCGCCGCUCCGCGGAGCCGAGCCGGGGCCGGGCCGAACCGAACCGCGCAACGAGGGUUGAAGCGGCGAAGCGAGGAGGAAGGAGAUCGAUGGGCGGCGAGAGACCCGGAGCGGCGUUUCGGCCUGCAGCGAUGGAUGCCUGAUCUGCGGAACGCCGUCCGUCCGUCCGCUUGCAGCACGGUGACGGGGGGACACGCGCCUUGGCCCCAUCCGAGGGACACCCCGCAACCCGCCGACACCGCACGCGGAGCUGCUCGGAGGGCACCGGGACACGAAGGCAGUGCCAGCCGAACCGCGCCGCGAUGUCGCCGCUGGGUGAGCUGCGGGAAGGCCCCGCGCAUCCCUCCGGCGAGGCCGGGCUGCCCGCAGGGAGCUCUGAGUCCGCGCAUCCCCUGCCCUGAGCCGGCCAGGCAUCGCCUGCGUCCCUGGGAUGCUCAGCUCUGAGCGCAGCGCUACAGCCGAGCCGCUCCGACCCAGCGGGGUGUAUUUCGGGAGGAAGUUCUCAUCUCUGAAGGUGCCCUUGGACAGAUGAGUGAGAAAGUAAUGAACGGGCGGGUGCCCCUGCCCGAAAAAGCCUUGUCCGAGGGCUACGCGAGGCUGCGGUACCGGGACACCUCGCUGCUCAUCUGGCAGCAGCAGCAGCAGAAGUUGGAGUCGGCCCCCCCCAACACGUAUCUGAGCCGCAGCCGCAGCAUGUGGUACUCGCAGUACGGCAAUGAGGCCAUCCUGGUGCGGGACAAGAACAAGCUGGACGUCUCCAGGGACACGGGGCAGUCCAAGUUCUGUGCUAUCAUGUAAUUUUGUGUCAGAAAUCUGCACGUGGAUGCGAAGCAGGUUUGCACAACCACAGGGCUGCGGCCAAAGCAGCUUAAGGAUGGGUCUGAGCGGCAGCCGGAGGUUUCUGUUGCUUUGUGCUGUCGGUGGCAUCCCAUGUUGGGUUGGAAACUUGCUUGGGAUGUGAGAGCUGGCAGUGCCCAACUGGACCACGUGGAUGGAGCACGUUGAGAACUCAGCCUUCAAAACACUUAGCAGGAAAGGCGUGCUGCAGUUUCCCAGCAAAGUGCCCUGUCUGGUGCCAGUUUGGUGCUACAGAAACAAAUGAUAGGUGGCACUUUUGGAGCCGAUGCAGCAGAGCCCCUCUGUAGGAAGAAAGCAGCACGCAGCUCCUGGAGGGCGCUCGCUGGGUGCUGCCUGCAGGCAGAGGUGGGCUGCAGAAGGAAGCAGCCUGCUGAAGGUUGCUCAGCAUUUCAGUUUUGUUGCAUGUAGUCGCUUGGAUGGAUUUAUGUGCUAAUCCUGGUUGGAUGACAUCUCUUGUAGUAGAUUUGGUGUGUACAUAACUGUGUUUGGCAGUGUUUGAUUCAGCCAAUGGAAGGCAAGGUCAGGCUGAGAACCACAGAAUCACAGAAUGGCCAGGGUUGGAAGGGAUCUCAAGGAUCACGAAUCUCCAACCCCCUGCCACACGCAGGGCCACCAACCUCUCCAUUUAAUAUUAGACCAGGCUGCCCAGGGUCCCAUCCAACCUGAUCUUGAGCACCUCUAGGGAUGGACAGGGCAUCCACAACCACUCUGGGCAGCUGUUCCAGCACCUCACCACUCUCAUAGUAAAGAAACCAAUGCAGCAAACACCCAAACCUUUCUUAAAAAUGAAGCAGCACCAUUUGCAGGGCUGUUAAUCUCGUGCCCAGCACUGCAGUGUAACACUGGGCUGAAGGCACAGACCUGCCUGGACACCCCAUCCAGCAGUGCUGGGACACGGGUUCAGUUCCAGGCAAACCAGGACCCGGUGUUGACCUCAAGGUGGAUCAUUUACUUGCCUAAGAUCAGGUAUUUUGUUGUAUUUAUCUCAAACCUCUCCCUUUCAAUAUCGUUCAAGCACUUUAUUUUAACACAGCGAAGAAGAACCUUCUCCCCCCCUCCCGUGUGUGCUGAAUGCUGGAGCACAAAGGCACUGAGCAGCACACACCCUCAUUACCCUGAGACCAUACCCAGUGGAUGCACUGCAAAUCACAGGCAGCUGUUUGUAAUGUAACUACUAAUGCAUGUGUGCGUGUUUGGUGCUGUGUGCGUGUGCUUGUAAAGCUAAACCUGCUGAGAUGGACCUCCAUGCUUCACCCACCUGCGUGUCGCUCCGUGCAGACGAUCCUCUUGAGCUCCACGGGACGAGCUGGGAAACGUUCUGAUCAUGUUUGCUCAACCUGGGAAGCAGAACUCAGCACGUGAGCUGGACUCAGGAAGCUGCUGGGUUGGGCAGAGCAGUGCCUGGGCUGCAGGACGUGGUGGGUGCUCCUAGAAAUGGGCUCAUGCAGUGCCCAGGGAGCACUGACUGCAGUCUGAAGAUGAGGGAGAGCAACAGCACGUCCCCACCGCCCGCUGUUCCUUUGCUUUUCUUACAGAAAACAAAACAAAACACAAAAAACCCACGUAGAUUUAUUUUUUUAAUUUCGGUAAGAAAGAUGAUGAGGAUCUUGGGUUUAAUCAGUCCUUUUUUUUGUUCACGUGGCUGGGAACCAAAAUUCACUUUGAAGAGUCGAACUACUCAAGAGUGAAAACUUGAAGUGCGUGCCUACAUUGUUCCAGGAUACGACAGCAUGGAGAAGUGUGACUUGUCCUCCCCCCCCCGUCCCUGGGUGCGAGUGCAUUUUCCACAGCCGAGUCCCCAUUAGUCACAGUAGCUUCGUGGAGUGGCUGCUAUGAAGUGAGCGUUGCUGCAAGCAGUGGUGGUAGAUGCACUUGUUGAAAAUGCUGCUGUAGCCUCUUGGAUAAAGUGCAUUAAAAUGAUUUGAAUGCA